AUGCUGAGGAUCGUGGAACCCUAUAUUGCAUGGGGGUACCCAAACCUGAAGUCAGUAAAUGAAUUGAUCUACAAGCGUGGUUAUGGCAAAAUCCACAAGAAGCGAAUUGCCCUAACGGAUAACGCACUGAUCGCGCGAACUCUGGGUAAAUACGGCAUCGUCUGCAUGGAGGAUCUGAUUCAUGAGAUCUAUACUGGUGGAAAGCGCUUCAAAGAGGCGAACAACUUCCUCUGGCCCUUCAAAUUAUCUUCUCCCCGGAGUGGAAUGAAGAAAAAGACCACCCAUGUUGUAGAAGGUGGAGAUGCUGGCAACAGAGAAGACCAGAUCAACCUGCUGAUUAGACGGAUGAACUAA